UACUCCUCAAACAAUACUACUAAUUCUGUUAAAUUUACUGAAUAAAAAGAAAAAAUAAAUUUAAAUUCGAAAGAGAUGGCGAGCGGCGGCGGAGGUGGCGGAAAGGUGUCGUUCAAAGUUACGCUGACAUCUGAUCCGAAACUCCCAUUCAAAGUAUUUAGCGUACCGGAAGCUGCCCCCUUUACGGCAGUUCUGAAAUUCGCCGCGGAGGAAUUCAAAGUGCCUCCCCAAACCAGUGCCAUCAUCACUAACGAUGGAGUGGGAAUCAAUCCUCAACAGAGUGCAGAAAUGAUAGAAGAGGUUUCUGUAAUCAAGUGCAGCUUCGUUCGGAUAUUAAUACUGGCUACAAUGCUGCAUUUCUUCUCCUUAGGAUUGACCUGUUGUAUACGGGAUUUGCGUAGUACACUAACUAGUAGUAGCAACUAUGUACAUGUAACAUGGAUAAUUUUUUUGAUGUAAUAGUAAUACCCUGUAUCUUUGAAUUUAUUAAUCGUAUUAUUUGGUAUAAAUUCAAAGAUACGUGGUAUUACAGUACAUGUCUACUAUACCUAUUUCUCUGUA